ACUUCAGACUUGCCUAUGGCCAAGCAGGUAGGUGAAGCAUGGGAACUCCUGAGUUUCUUUCUGGGAGGAGGUAUGACCUCUUAUGACCCGGAAGCUGACGCCAUACCCGAGCUGUUCCAUCGGCGGAGUAAAGAUGGCUGACCAAGGCGCCGCAGAUCCUGGAAAUAACAACAAUAAUAAACCUGAGUCAUCGGAGGGAACUAUUAUAAAGGUCACAGUGAAAACUCCUAAAGACAAAGAAGAAAUCGCCAUCGCAGAGGAUGCCUCUGUCACUCAGUUUAAAGAAGAGAUCUCAAGGCGGUUCAAAGCCAAACAGGACCAGUUGGUUCUGAUUUUUGCAGGGAAGAUCUUGAAGGAUGGCGACAGCCUCAGCCAACACGGCAUCAAGGACGGCCUGACAGUUCAUCUAGUGAUAAAGACGGCACACAAGGCAGGAGAUGGCAGUAGCACUUCAGCCUCCAGCUCAACCUCCACUCAAGCAGGCAAUACCUCCACCUCUAGUCCAGGUACCAACCCCUCCUCCACAGCAGGCUCAACUGGCACUGCCCCCGCUCCCGCACAGACGCCAAACAUUCUGACUGGCUUCGGUGACCUGGCUGGCCUUGCUGGAAUGGGCAUGGGCUCGGCUAACUUCAUGGAGCUGCAGCAGCAGAUGCAGAGGCAACUCAUGUCCAAUCCAGAGAUGCUCUCUCAAAUCAUGGAGAACCCGCUGGUACAGAACAUGAUGUCCAACCCAGACCUGAUGAGGCAGAUGAUCAUGGCCAACCCACAGAUGCAGUCGCUGAUGGAACGCAACCCUGAGAUCUCCCACAUGCUCAACAACCCUGAGCUCAUGAGACAGACCAUGGAGUUGGCCAGGAACCCGGCCAUGAUGCAGGAAAUGAUGCGGAACCAGGACAGAGCCCUAAGCAACUUGGAGAGUAUCCCAGGAGGUUACAAUGCUUUGCGGAGGAUGUACACAGACAUCCAGGAACCCAUGUUCAGCGCUGCCAGGGAACAGUUUGGUAGCAACCCAUUCUCAGCUCUAGGUGGGAACUCUGAGUCUGGUGUUCAGCCGUCGCGAACAGAGAACCGCGAGCCUCUGCCUAAUCCAUGGGGGCCACCUAAUUCUUCUAACCCGUCUGAGAGCGGAGGGGGCACCACAGGGAGCACUAGCACCACUGGAGGCACCAACCCUAGUGUGUCCAACCCUCUGGGCAUCAAUCCUGGCAGUCUGGGUAAUGGGAUGUUCAACAGCCCGGGCAUGCAGAGUCUACUUCAGCAGAUUUCUGAAAACCCCCAGCUGAUGCAGAACAUGCUGUCUGCUCCCUACAUGCGCAGUAUGAUGCAGUCACUGUCUCAAAACCCUGAGUUGGCCUCACAGGUUUUGAUGAAUAACCCCUUGUUUGCUGGGAACCCACAACUACAAGAACAGUUCAGAUCUCAGUUACCCAUCUUUUUGCAGCAGAUGCAAAACCCAGAGGCCCUGUCAGUGAUGACCAAUCCCCGGGCCAUGCAGGCUCUAAUGCAGAUCCAACAGGGUCUGCAGACGCUGCAGACAGAAGCACCAGGCCUCAUGCCCAGUUUGAUGACAGGUGGAGUUCCUGGCAUGCCCUCUGGUGGAGUUCCUGGCAUGCCCUCUGGUGGAAUUCCUGGCAUGCCCUCUGGUGGAGCUCCUGGCAUGCCCACUGCUGGAGCUCCUGGAAUGCCCACUACUGGAGCUCCUGGCAUACCCACUGCUGGAGCUCCUGGCAUGCCCACAGAGAACCCAGCCUCCUCACCCAGCAGUGCAGGAACAAACGCCGCCCAGCAGCAGCUGAUGCAACAGAUGCUCCAGAUGUUUGCUGGAGGAGCUGGUGGAGGAAGUGGAACGACCCAGACUCCCGAGAUAAGGUUCCAGUCCCAGCUGGACCAGCUGAGCGCCAUGGGCUUCAUCAACCGUGAGGCCAACCUGCAGGCCCUCAUCGCUACUGGAGGAGACAUCAAUGCCGCUAUCGAGAGACUGCUGGGCUCACAGCCCUCGUAAAGACAUACAGUACAUCUGACACACAGACACGUGCAUACAUAACCUGACUCAUCAACACACCCAGCAUCUACAGAGAACCAAGAGAAAUUAAAGCGUAUUGUCCCAAAUCGUACAGAAGAAACUUGGACAGAAUAUCAUUCUUCAUCUGUUUUCAGAUCAUUCCCCUGUCCCCAAACUUCGCUUUUUGUGCAUCAUCCAACCAGAUCUCUGUCUCAGAGUGCUGCUGUAGAGCCGGACUGAACCACUCUCACCUCGAGGGGUAUUCUGGUGCAGAGAAAAGAAGCGAAACCCCAUCCUGUAAAGGGAUUCCCAACCAUUCUUCAUUUGUUGUUCCUUUUUUUUUUUUUUUUUUUUUUUUUUUACAUUAAACUGGAGUCUAGUGUUGCAGACAGACAUUUACAUAAUACAGAUUUAAUCCAUGCAAUGUGAUUGGCUGUCGGCUCAGUUUCUUACAUGACAGUUUGUUAGCAUCGAACUAGCAGGUCAAUACAUAAGAGUUUUCUGGUAUACGUAUAGUAAUCCUGAACACAAGCAGGAAGAUAUCUGCCCAGACAGACAUUCAGUCUCAUUCCUCCUUUGUUUUCACCAUUAUCGACAUUUGACAGAAAUAGCUGGUUUUGCCCAAACGACUUUCACUAUUUAUUGCAGGAGCUUAAGAAAAUGACUCCCUUAACUUUACUCUGAACUUAUAAUUUGUCAUUCCAAACGAAAGUGCCCACUUGCAGGUGCACAGUGUCUUUUUCCUCCUGAGGCACCACUGCUGUGCCUUGUGUCCUUCCCUGCCCUGUCAGAGCAUUGUCGGAAAAUUACAACCCCCACUCAGUCUGUUGAUUAGAGACCAUGAUAAAUUGUCCGCAGCAUCAUCCAGAACUAUAAACAUAGUCAAAAAUCACAUCCUAGCAGCUCUGAAACAAAGGACGCUGUUAAAAUGAUAAUGAAUGAAACAAACAAGCUUUCCUUUCAUUUUAAUCUGAUUCUUCUUUUUAUUCUGUUCUUCUUGUUUUGAGGUGCGGUUAGUACCUAGAGAUAAUUUGAUUUGUCUCGCAUAAAAUAAAUGUGAAAAUCAAAUGAGUAAAGAAGUAAAUACAUAAUGGAAAGGCUUUACAAACGAUUGUGGUGUAGUGGCACCAUAAGUUUCUAAAAUCAAGUUUUAGGUUGUCUUAUUAUUAUUAUUAUUAUUUUUCUUUUGAAAUUACAAGCAUUGUAGUUGUGGUAACCUUGGCAACUGCUUCUAUAGCUUUGCUUUGUCUGUUGACCUCAGCUGAAAGAAAAAUCCAUCUCCCAAUUGAACAUGUUGGAACUAACUUUUAACAGUACUGUACUAAAUAAUAAAACAUGGUCAAAAACUGUGGGCGCUCUGUGUCAGUUGAUUGUAGGGAUGUCAUGAUGUAGAUGGGAUGGUGCAAAAUCACAUGUGUUACUUUAAACUCAUUAAAAUAUUCUGACUUUAAA